AAGUCCCAGCUUCUUGUUGUUUUCCUCAAAAACUCAAAAUUACAAUGAAACCACUCCUUAAUCACUCACUUUCUUGCCUCCUUCGAACUGCUGUCCUUUGUCCUAGUUCUAAUCCCAAAUGUGCACACAUAACUCAGAAGCCUCACUGUCCUGAUCCGCUCUUUUCUCCAUUUUUGUCUUCCUAUUUUCCCUUUUCCACUCCAAGUUUUCAGUUUCAAGAAAAUGCAUAUUCACUCCGUUCUUCUUCAGUCUUCUCACAAUCCUUUCAAUACCCAAGAACCCAAAUUUCUCUCUAAAUCUUUAAUAAUCCAUUUCAAGAAACCUCCUUUUUCUUUAGCUACACCGGCCACUUCUUUUUUAUGUCCAAGCUUAACCAUUGUCAAAGCAAGAAGAAAGAGAGUGCUCGUCACUCCUUGCAUAAGUAAAAGCCAAGAACUUGUGGAUAAUCAUACUGUCAGUGAAAAUGAUGUUAGUGUUGCUUCAGAUUCUCUCUCUUUUGGAAACGAAAAGGAAGGAGAGGAUGUCAAAAUUGAGGGAUUGGAGAGUCAGAGCUUAUGGCAGCAAAUUAAAGAAAUUAUAAUGUUUACAGCUCCGGCCACAGGUCUUUGGAUUUGUGGCCCAUUGAUGAGUCUUAUUGACACUGCUGUUAUUGGCCAAGGAAGCUCCCUUGAGCUUGCUGCUUUGGGUCCUGGGACAGUUUUGUGUGACAAUAUGAGUUAUUUGUUCAUGUUCCUAUCAAUUUCGACAUCAAAUAUGGUCGCCACUUCCCUUGCCAAACAGGAUAAAAAUGAAGUGCAGCAUCAAAUAUCUGUCUUGCUAUUUAUUGCAUUGACUUGUGGAUUCCUGAUGGUUUUGUUCACCAAGUUCUUUGCUGCAUCAGUAUUAACUGCUUUUUCAGGUUACAACAAUUUACAUAUUGUCCCUGUGGCAAACACAUAUGUCCAGAUUCGAGGUUUAGCAUGGCCUGCAAUUCUUAUUGGAUGGGUUGCUCAAAGUGCAAGCCUGGGCAUGAAGGAUUCCUGGGGACCUUUGAAGGCAUUGGCAGUUGCCAGUGCUAUAAAUGGCAUUGGUGAUAUAGUCCUCUGCAGGUUUCUAGACUACGGUAUAGCUGGUGCAGCAUGGGCAACAAUGGCAUCACAAGUUAUUGCUGCUUAUAUGAUGCUUGAUUCACUGAACAAGAAGGGAUAUAAUGCAUAUGCCUUCUCUGUUCCAUCACCCGAUGAUCUCAUGACAAUAUUUAGGCUUGCUGCUCCAGUGUUUGUAAUGAUGAUGUCAAAGGUGGCUUUCUACUCUCUCCUUGUAUAUUUUGCUACAUCGAUGGGCACACUGAGCUUGGCUGCACAUCAGGUCAUGAUUCAAGCAUUCAUGACAUGUACAGUUUGGGGUGAGCCUCUUUCUCAAACUGCACAAUCAUUUAUGCCUGAGUUGAUGUAUGGAGUCAAUCGAAGUUUGGCAAAGGCUCGAAUGCUGCUAAAAUCACUGGUGAUCAUUGGAAGCCUACUUGGAUUGUUAUUAGCGAUUGUUGGAACAUCUGUUCCUGGGUUGUUCCCUAAUAUCUUCACAUCCGACCAAAGGGUCAUCCAGGAGAUGCACAAAGUGCUGGUACCAUUCUUUGUGGCACUAGCUGUGACACCCUGCAUUCUCAGCUUCGAAGGAACAUUGCUGGCUGGGCGAGACCUCAAAUACCUUAGCAUGUCAAUGAGUGGAUGCUUUUCUGUGGGUGCUCUAGUGCUCUUGCUUGUGAACAGCAAAGGAUAUGGAUUGCUGGGAUGUUGGUGUACACUCCUAGGCUUUCAAUGGGCUCGAUUUUUCCUUACUUUGCAACGGCUUCUUUCCCCAAAUGGCAUACUGUUCUCUGAAGAGCUGAGCCAGAAAGAGUUACAGAAGCUAAAAGCUGCAUAGAUAGUUCCAAGCUAAAAGCUAAAACUCGGAACUUGUAUAAUUAAUAUGAUAGAUAGUUCAGGAUAUUGCCAAUUGCUCAAAUUUCAUGCUUCUUACUUGAGGAAUCAAUAGCCAGUGUUAUAAUCUUUCUUUAAUGCCUAAAUGAGAGGCAAAAGUGCCAUAUCUCAA